UGCUUUUAUUUAUGGAUCUCAUGAUUCCAUUCUAAGCUGGGGAAGUGAAAAAAUGAUGAAAUUGUAUAUUGGCCUUUCUAAGCUAAAUAAUGGGAAAAACAUUUAUAAAAAUAAGAAUUUGGAAAACAUUAAUAUUGAUGACGCUAAAAAAGAUCCUGAUAUGUUUGCCCUUAAAGUGUUAUGGGUAUUACACUAUUGGCUUAGCCCAACUGGAAAAUACAUGCGGAAAAAUGUGUUCGGUAAAAAAGAGAUGUCACGCUUCACUACCAAAGACUCGCAGGAGACAUUUCUUUUCAUGGGAAGUACCAUGCAAGCAGUGCAAGACCAUAUGGAUUUCAUCCAGGGUGAAUGUAUAUAACCGUUUAUAUUAGUAGUUGGAAAUUUCGAAAAAAUCAAUAAUUUUUUUAUUUACUUAGAUGGUAGUUUAUUGCCAAUUUCUAAUUUUUUAAGAUCUUUAGAUUUGUGCUUCAAAAUUUUUCAUUUGUUUAAUUUAGAAUAUCCCAAAGCUUGUGAAUCGGUU